AUGCUAAGUUCUGAUCAUAUAGCUGUUCCCCCAAAUUCAUCCGUUAACAUCACCACUGUCAGCAAUGCGACUGCACUGGUUGCCGGAUGGGUAUCAGGCCCCGAUGGCAGAGGCACCAUUGACAUAGUUUGGGGAUCUUUUAUGACCAUUUUCCUCUGUACAUGGACGGCUAUGUGUCUCAACAUUGCCCAUCCACAAGAUACCAAGCUUCAAGUCCUAAGCAGGAAGGUGAAAUGGAUGGCUUGGGCCAUUGUAGGCCCAGAGCUGGUUCUGUCGGUUGCAAUUGGCCAAUUUGCUUCGGCGAGACGGUCAGUUAAACGAUUUCGUAACCUUGGCUAUCCGCAAUGGACUCUCAGACACGCUUUCUUCGUCGAUAUGGGUGGUAUUCUACUCCAGCCUAAGGACAGCACACCAUUUGUUAUCAACAGCCGCCAAUUGGUGUACUUGGUGCAGAAUAAAUACCUGGAAUACCCCAACAUUACUGCAGAAGAAAUCUGGGAUAAGUCCAAGGCCGAUACGCUCAGCAAAAUCCUCACAUUGACACAAGCCAGUUGGCUUCUCUGCCAGCUUCUUGGUCGAGCAAUCUUACGUCUCCCUACAUCAACUCUAGAGCUAUCCGCUGGCGCCAUAGUCUUCUGCACCUUCGGUACAUUUAUCUGUUGGCUUCAUAAGCCGAGUGAUAUCCAAAAGGGCAUUAUCAUUACUACGGAGGCUGCUACCAAGGAGAUCUUGAUCAAAGCUGGCGACGUAGCCGCAGCCGCAUACCGACAUACCCCUGCUAAGCAGUCGUUCACAUGUGGUUACGAUGUUAUGGGAUUCUUCAAUCUCCGUUGCGAUAACCGCGAGAGGCCACUAAGACGUUUCCCCAACGAUCGAUUCCCCGAUAUUAGCACCCUUGAGAAGUUUGUCCUUUUCUGUAUGACAACGGCCUACGCCUCAAUCCACUUGGUCGGAUGGCGAUUCACCUUUCCAUCGCGAACCGAAGCAUUAUUAUGGCGCGUUUCAAGCCUGAUUGUCACGGGCACAACCGUUCUCUUUUGGGUUUUUGAGACUAUAGCAGCUCGCCAGCGAUAUGGCAGAUGGGAUAAAUACCUAAUACUGCUGCACUUGACGAAACAACUGCCCCAGCCAAUGGCCGACGAAGAGAUUGGAGUUACCAGUGAAAAUGCCCGCGAAACCCAAGAUGCCUAUGGGAGUCCUAAAAAGACAGUAGCACACCGGGCUACCGUCAAGCGUUUAGACGCAUUUGAGAAGGACCAAGAGAGGGCAAAGCCUAUCCUAGUAUGGGAGGUGGGACUAAUACUGCCCGUUGUACUACUCUAUGCGGUGUCAAGAGGGUACAUGAUUCUUGAGGUUUUCCUGGGCUUGAGAGAGAUGCCACUUGAAGUGAACCCAUCCAACCAAGACCAACAGCAGUCCACGACAGCUGAACAUCCACUGAUCAUGCCUCCGUCUCACCCUUCCGGUCUGACGUCUGCUCCAGGCUAUUCGCCAUCGCCCAAUGUGCCGCAUUCGCAAUCCGAGUCUUUGCCUCAAUCCACCACCCAGUACGCCCUACCUCUUCCACUCAGUCAGCAUAGCCAGCCCUACCAGUAUCAUCCUGGCCAAUUCGCAGACAAGAACUCGCAGAGCUUGAUGAGACCACCCGAGCAACAAUUUUGGCCAUUUCAUCAUCCUGCCAUGUUCCCCGUCCCAGCAAACGCUACUGUGCCUAAUUUCCAUCCUCCCCCUUUCUCGUCACAGCAGCCUAUCUUUGGGCAUCCAAACCCCUUUGCCGUCGGUCCUCCAGACAAUCCUUUCCUCGUUCUGGUAGCCGAGAACGAAAGGCCCUGCUUCUUCGACACCAGUCUCCAGAUCCUUCCGUUCUCGAGCAUGAGCCAGGUUCAUAUCGACAGAACCAAGAGCGGUAUGGCCCAGAUCAUUCACGACCCAAAACCAGGGCAUCGCCUGCCCCAAGGCGACAAGAAUCAAAGAUACACCCUGGUGACCAUGAGGAAGAACCUGGUCAUUUGGCAAGGGGUCGUUCAACACAACAAGACCCACAUGAUGUUGCGGGCCAUUUUGAGAAAGAGCGGAUGCAUGAGAAUCGGUGCAAACAAAGACCAAGAUCGGGCCGUCGAGGGCGAAGCAGAAACAACAUGGGCUGAAAGCCAUCAAAGACAGGGUGCAAUACACCGCAGUGGCCGCUACAGCCCACAAUCCUUUCAUUCAUCAUCUCUGGGCCAUGGUCUAGCACGAGAGGGGGAUAUUCGUAACGAUGGUGAUGCACUGGGGAGAGCCAGAAAUCAUCGGCGACCCCGGUCCAGCUCAGAAUCAUUAGCGUCCGAGGGCUUAGGCAUGAGAGCCGGCGAUGAAAUCAUUGUUGAGCAGAGGCACACUAUCAACCCCACUAGUUCCGACGACUAUCAUUGGUACGACGAGGAUGGCAUUCGAGUUCGUGUGCGCGAGAUUUGA